UUCAAUUUCUUGAAAAAUUUUGGCCAAACUUCCACCAUUCCACUGCCCCUUCAACAGCUCAAAGCUAUGGCUGGGCUCACCAGCAGAUUCCCUUUCAAACCUCUCUUAUCCCAAUCCUCCGCCACCACCUCCUCCGCCGCCGCCUCCUCUUCCUCCUCCGCCGCCGCCGCUCCUCCCUUCCGAACCUCAAUUUCCCCUCUCCCUCUCUCCUCCUCUGAAUCCAAUGCCUUCGGAUUCCGCCUUCACAACUCCAAUUCUCUGCGUCUUAUCGUCUCCUCUCCAAUUCGUCGCUCUGUAUUUGCUCGAUUCGGCGGUGCUCCUCGAUCUUCAGGACCUGCGGAUUCUAAGCGCUCCGACGAUGAUUUUGGUCUCGAUGUUUCCGCCAUCAGGUCAAAUAAUGUGAGACUUAUUGAUGCACAACAGAACAUGGUUGGAAUCGUGUCAAAGGCCCAGGCCAUUCAAAUGGCUGAAGACGCUGAACUUGAUUUGGUUGUAUUAUCACCCGAUGCAGAUCCUCCAGUUGUCAGAAUAAUGGAUUACAAUAAAUAUAGGUAUGAAUUGCAAAAGAAGAAAAGAGGACAGCAGAAGAAAAGUGCUGCAACUCGCAUGGAUUUGAAAGAGCUUAAAAUGGGUUAUAACAUUGACCAACAUGAUUACUCUGUUCGUUUGAAAGCUGCAAGGAGGUUUUUGAAGGAUGGGGACAAGGUUAAAGUUAUAGUGAACUUGAAAGGUCGUGAGAAUGAGUUCAGAAAUAUAGCAAUUGAGCUCAUCAGACGUUUCCAGGAUGAGAUUGGGGAGCUUGCAACUGAAGAGGCCAAGAACUUCAGAGACAGGAAUAUAUUUAUUGUUCUAGUUCCUAACAAGGCUGUUCUACAGAAGGCUCAAGAACCCCCCAAGAAAAAGGACAAUCCCGCCAUAAAUGAAGUUUCGGCUGGUGUUUAAGCUCGGAAAGCGUCGAGCUUGUGCCUAAAAUAGAACGGUUAGUCGCAACAACCUUAGUCUUCUUUAUCAUAGAGAAAUCAGAGAGGUUAAUGUAUAAUGUUUUGUUUAAUCUUAUGAAUCAGACUGUUGUUCAUCUUAUUUAUUUAGUGGAAUGCUUAGAAAUCAGAGUUGUUGUUACUAAUCCUUUUGAAAACUUGAACUUUUGUAGCAUCAGUUUUUCUGGGUAGGGAAUGGAGAUGUUAUUUUCUCCGCGGGGACGCCCAUAACAGGGCGAGCUUCCGUGAGGCGGCAGUGAGGGACAUUGUCCUUGUCACCUAAAUGCGGACGGGCAAUACGUACUCUAUCCCGCCCCAUUCUUGAUGUUGUUGACAUUUUAUCAAUAUUUCUUGACAUCUAUAUUUUACCCUUUGUCGACAAUAUUUUCUUAAUAAGACGAUAUUUUACCCUU